AGUUCCCUCUGCCCAAACCCCCCAAAAGGGUGAUUUGAUCGUAAAAUUGGAUCAAAUUGAAAUUUUUACAUUUUGCGCCUUUUCUCGUCCUUUCAGAUCUUGGAUCUUGAUACCCCACCGCCGUCAUGCCGUCAUGCAUCAUAUAUUGGAGGUUGGAGGUUCAUCCGAUGAAGUGUGGAGGCCUACCUCUAGUACUAUUCAUAGUCAACCCGCCGUAACAACCCCCGCCGGAGAGCCUUCCUUAUUAGCCUCAGGUUAGCGAAUCUUUGGAGGAGGGUGGGGGGAAAGAUUCCUCCUCCAAGACGAUGCCGAUCGACGUGCAAUCGCUGACUGGCAUCGUGGUCUACUUUGUCAGCAGUUUAUCAGGAGUGUCCAUUGUCAAGUUUCUGAAUUAUCACUACUGCUUCACUUCCUGGCGUACAUUUGCUCUUUUGUCGCGAUCUACUUGGGUUCUCUCCUUGAUGCUACACGUGUUCCUUCAAUGGCGAGAGACUGUGAGGUUGGUCUAUUCCAGACGACAACUGUCUCUGUAUUUUUUGGUGGCGGUUGGACUUUCCAUUGUGGAACUUCUCAACUCGUUCUCCAUGACCAUGUUGCCUGGUUCGCUGUACAUGCUUCUAAAGGGAUCUGACGUUGGCUGGUCAAUGGCCCUCAGCUAUGUCAUCUUGCACAAGUGGUACAGCUUUGUACGGAUAGUGGCAGCCGGCUUGAUCAUGCUUGGGAUUGCCCUUGUCUUUGGCUUUGAUAUUAUCUACCGACGACGUGACGAUCAUCUGGAAAAUGAUUCUUUUCAGGUCGCUGCCAUUCCGGUCGCCGCCUUGCUUUGCUUGCUGGGCGCCUUCCUCAAUGCUCUCUGUUCGGUUGUCACAGAAGCUUUGCUCAAGGAGACUCUCCAAGAAGAACAAGACAGGCAACUGCAACAAUCCACUCAAUCUGCGUCGUCUCCAUCCAAGCUGUUGCUCUCCAAUUCUUACUCCAUGUGGACAAGCUUUUUCUCCUUCUCAUUGCUUGCCAUCCCUGCACUGAUAGAACAAACAAGAAACAGCAGUACUGAUCUUGCAUUGUCACAACCUUCCUCGGGAGGAUCCAACUCUUCCAUAUGCCCAAGCAUCGAUCCCACCAGAGUCAACCAGGCAACCGCCGAAGUUAUGAACGGGCCAGUGGACCAUUCAACAAUAUCCUAUGCCAUUGCCAUUUGUUUGGCCUUGUUGGGGGCCUCCAGGUUCUUGGAGCGCCUUUGUAAACAUUUCAUUUGUGUUCACGAUUCUGCCGUCACCUUCUCCAUCGUACAGGCAGCCCGUCGAUGGUUCGGUAUCUACAUUGUGGGUAUUCUCUUUCACGAGGGCUUUGACAUGGGAAUGAUGGUGGGAUCUCUUGUGAGUGGUGUUGGAUUCCUUCUGCAUGCCAUGAGCAGCGCGUCGUCCAACGGUGCUUCCCAUGCCUAUCAAAAGGUUGCCUCAAUUACCAGUGAUCUGGCCGACCAAAGCACUGUUACGAGCGGACUUGAAUUAACCACAAAAAUGGCGAAAGAAGAUCUCACAACAUCAUGAAGAUUCCAAACAAAAUCUGUUAUUACAUACAAAAUGGAUAUGGCAGUGCCAUAUGUCAAAACUACAAACAAAAAGGAUUCAAAAUCGAGUCCCUACAGGCUCUCUGGAAGUGGCGGAAGCAAACAGCAGUCUCGCAACGAAAGAGGCCCGCGGGAUAGUACAAAAUGUGGAUUGCUUCUGUGAGUGUGGAUAUGGAAGGGUUCGGGGAAGAGG